UGCACAGCCGGGGCCGCCCCCGCCGCGCCCCGCCGGCAGCCCGCAGCUCCCCGCCGGCCAUGGGCUCCCGCCUGUCCCUGGACGACUCCGUGCGGGUCGUGGUGGUCGGGGGAGGUUUCGGAGGGACGGCGGCCGCCAGCCUGCUGAAGUCCUGGGCCGUCCCCUUCGUGCUGGUGGACGUGAGAGAUGCUUUCCAUCACAACGUGGCCGCCCUCCGGGCCGCCGUGGAGAGCGGAUUUGCCAAGAAGACUUUCAUCUCCUACUCGGUCACCUUUGGGGACAGCUUCCGACAAGGCAAGGUCGUGGGCAUAGACCCUGGGAGGCAACAAGUGGUGCUCAGUGACGGUGAGGAGCUUCACUACUCCCAUCUCAUUCUUGCAACAGGCAGUGAUGGGCCAUUCCCUGGGAAGUUCAACCAAGUCAUUGACAUGGAAAGUGCCAUCCAGACCUAUGAAGACAUGGUUAAAGAGAUUGAGAAAUCUCAGCGCAUCCUGGUAGUGGGAGGUGGUGCUGCUGGAGUGGAGAUGGCUGCCGAGAUCAAAACCGAGUACCCGCACAAAGAGGUCAUCCUCAUUCACUCCAAAACUGCACUGGCUGACGUGGAGCUGCUAGCCAGUGUCCGUCAGGAGGUGAAAGAGAUUCUCCUCAGGAAAGGAGUCCAGCUUCUGCUAAGUGAAAAGGUCAGCGACGUGGAAAACCUCAGGCCAAACCAGUUCCAGAAAGAUAUGGUAGUAAGGACAGAGAAGGGCACCGAGGUGGUUGUUGACAUGGUGGUGCUGUGCACGGGCAUAAAGAUUAACUCUUCUGCAUAUGCUGCUGCAUUUGGUGACAAAAUGGCAAGUAAUGGUGCUUUGAAAGUCAACAAGCACCUCCAGCUGGAAGGCUACGAGAACAUCUAUGCCAUUGGGGACUGUGCAGAUGUCAAAGAGCCCAAGAUGGCCUACCAUGCUGGGCUCCAUGCCAACAUCGUGGUGACAAACAUCAUCAACAGCCUGACACAGAAGCCUCUCAAAACCUACAAGCCAGGGUCACUAACUUUCCUGCUUUCCAUGGGCAGGAAUGAUGGUGUAGGCCAGGUGAAUGGUUACUAUGUGGGACGUCUCCUGGUGACCAUUGCCAAGAGCAGGGAUCUGUUUGUCUCCAAGAGCUGGAAGACGAUGGGACAGACGAUGCCCUCUUAAGAGGGCACCAGUAACAAUCCAGCAAGGAGUACAGCAACUGGAAGAGGGUGCACUUGUUUUGCUUGGACUGACUGAUAAUGUCCCAUGAUAGAAAACAGGGAAGAAUGUUUCUUUUACUCUCUCUGCUAAGAGAGCUCUGAGCACAAGCUUGGCUUACCUUGAUUUGUAACAAUAAACACAGUGGUUUUCAGAAUCUCUGUGGUUUGUUUGUUAUGUGUUGGUUUUUGGUUUUUUUUUUCUCUGGCUUUCUCUAUUCUUGCUCUUCUAAGAAGGGCUUGCUUCUUCCAGAUCUGUCACCUGCUCUGCAGCUUGCAGGGAGAAUGGCUCACAGUGCUGCCAGGGUAAUGCCUGUCUAAAACCUGGAAGGGGAUAUGGUAACCCUGGAAUUUAACAGAAUAUAAUGCAGCUUUGUGUCAAAAUCUCCUCAGCAGCUUUAAUUACAUCACUUAUAGCACCAAACUUCAGCCAGAAAAGCUGUU